GCUGAAAGUAGCUCCAACACUUAACAGCUACAAACUGAGAAGGCUUGAAAGCAUGGACGUGAACGCACCCGACUUCCAGCGAGAAAACGUGUUCGGACCACUGCGGGGUUUAUGUUUUUAUUAAACUCUGCGAGCCUAAAAUGAGGAAACGAUGGUCUUGCAGCAGAUAGUUCUGUAAGUUUUUUUGUUGUUGUUGUCCAUAUUGAUCUGACGCACAAACACCAGCCGGGUUUCAUCACUGACUUUUUGAAUGAGAAAAAACGUGUGUUGUGGUAGCGGUGAAACAUUUGGCCCGUUUAGUUUUUUUUUUUCUUUAAAUCAUGAAAGGGAGAAUGCGUUCAACUGUUAAACCGAGCCUCAUCUACGUGCUGCUGGUCCUGUGGAGUGGUGGGGGUUCAGCCAUUAGCUCAAUAGACCCCGACUGGUCCGGAGAGGGGAGAUGUCAACACAUCAGCAUCCCCCAGUGUAAGGACAUUGGCUACAAUAUGACACGCAUGCCAAAUCUUAUGGGCCACGAUGACCAAAAGGAGGCAGCGAUAAAGCUGCAGGAGUUCGCCACGCUGAUACAGUUUGGAUGCCACAGUCACCUCAAAUUUUUCCUGUGUUCACUGUACGCUCCCAUGUGCACGGAGCAGGUGUCCAACCCCAUCCCAGCGUGUAGGGUCAUGUGUGAGCAGGUCAAGCUGAAAUGCUCUCCCAUCUUGGAACAAUUUAACUUCCCCUGGCCGGACUCUCUGGACUGCUCCCGGCUGCCGACCAAAAACGACCCAAACAACCUCUGCAUGGAGGCGCCCAACAACGGCUCAGACGAGCCUCCUAAAGUCUCCCACACCCAGCCUCCAGAUUUCAGGCCCCAGCGGCCUCUAAACGGACAGGACCUGCAUCCUAAGGACAGCGGCAGCAGCAGGCAGACGUGCAGCAAUCCUGGCAAGUUUCACUUUGUGGAGAAAAGUGAGUCCUGUGCCCCAAAAUGCUACCCCAAAGUGGACGUAUACUGGAGUCGGGGAGACAAGCAGUUCUCUCUGGUGUGGAUAGCCAUCUGGUCCAUCCUCUGCUUUGUCUCCAGCGCCUUCACCGUGCUCACUUUCCUCAUAGACCCGCAGCGGUUCAAAUACCCCGAGAGGCCGAUUAUUUUUCUCUCCAUGUCCUACUGUGUUUACUCGGUGGGCUACCUCAUCAGACUUUUUGUGGGAGCUGACAGAAUAGCCUGUGACCGAGACAAUGGGGUGCAGUAUAUUAUCCAGGAGGGUCUGGAGAGCACCGGCUGCACCAUUGUGUUUCUCAUUCUGUAUUAUUUUGGCAUGGCCAGCUCCCUCUGGUGGGUUAUCCUGACCCUCACAUGGUUCCUGGCUGCGGGGAAGAAGUGGGGUCACGAGGCCAUUGAGGCCAACAGCAGCUACUUCCACCUGGCGGCGUGGGCCAUCCCGGCUGUGAAGACCAUCAUGAUCCUGGUGAUGAGGAAGGUGGCCGGGGACGAGCUGACGGGCGUCUGCUACGUGGGCAGCAUGGACGUCAAAGCUCUCACGGGCUUUGUGCUCAUUCCUCUCUCCUGCUACCUUAUUAUCGGCACUUCCUUCCUGCUGUCUGGCUUCGUGGCCCUCUUCCACAUUCGUAAGAUAAUGAAAACAGAGGGUGAGAACACGGACAAGCUCGAGAAGUUGAUGGUUCGAAUCGGGGUCUUCUCCGUGCUCUACACUGUCCCGGCCACCUGCGUCAUCGCCUGCUAUUUCUACGAGAGGCUCAACAUGGACUACUGGCGCGUCCUGGCAGCGGAGCAGAAGUGCGUGGACAGCAGCAGGCCGGAGUCAGACGAGUGCGUCAUGAAGACUUCCAUCCCGGCUGUUGAGAUCUUCAUGGUGAAGAUUUUCAUGUUGCUGGUGGUGGGCAUCACUAGCGGCAUGUGGAUCUGGACCUCAAAGACACUGCAGUCAUGGCAGAACGUGUUCAGCAGGAAGCUGAAGAAGAGGACGAGGAGGAAGGCUGCCAGUGUGUUUACCAGCAGCAGGCCUUACAUCAAACCUCACCCAUCUCUCAAAGGGCACAGUACUAAAUAUGAGCCUACACGGCCCCCUCCAACAUGUGUAUGAGCUGGCUCUUUUUAGUAUAAACCCAAAACAUACUUGUUAAAGCCCUUACUUAAUGAGACUUUGUAAUCAGAGUGCCAUCAAAAAAAAUAUCAAAGUUCAUGUUUUAUUUAUGCAAACUGCGUUGACGAUAAUGCAACGUGUUUUUUUUGUGUGUGUGUGUGUCUUGAGCCAUCUCAUGCAAAUAGAGCUGCCUUUGUUUGAGAGGAAAAAAAAAUCUGCUACUCCUGGAUUCACUUAUCCAACUGAGGAACUUGGUAGAGAGAAAAAAAAUCGUAUUGUCCCCCAGACAAAAAGAGUGGAAUAAACCAUUUGGAUGUGCCACGGGGUCACUUGAAUAAUGUGCAAUAGAUGUUUUCCUUACAGGCAAAAAACACUUGUACUGUUAGUGACAGAUUACAGACAAUGAAAGGACACCACAGACAAUGGAGAAAAUUGGUUCAGGAGAUGAGUGUUGUGCUUCGAGGCUUUUUAAUGGAAAUGGAGGCAGUGUCAUAUAUAUGUUUGAACUGGAGUGAGAGCAGCUGUUUAAAAGCGCUCAAGACCUUCCGAACUGCCCAUUGGGAGGCAAAUCCAUGCCAUAAAUGAAUCAAGCACUCGUUAUUGAGAAGUUAUUUGUACACGUUUACGUUGUAAAACGUUUGUUUUCCUCUCUUUUUUCCUUUGCUGUUUUAUAGCACAAGGGGACAUUUGUAUAUAUUUCUAAAAACAUCAGAUUUUAUAGAAAAAUUAAUAAAACGUUCUAGUUUUGAAUGUCGUAAAAAGCCUGAAUUGUGUUUUGCAACCGUGUUGUUCUUCCCUCUCAUUCUCAUACAGCCGCAUAAAGCUGGUUUUGUCUUAUCAAUUUUACUAUUGCAGCACUUGUGCCUUCUCGCUAUUGUACGAAGUUCAGUUUGCAGCCGUCAUUUUAAUACAUCAUGAAAAUCGAAAUCAUUCACCAUCAUUUGUUAAUGUGAUGGUAUGUCAGAGCUGGGUUCAAACGAUACGUUUGGCUGAUUCAGAAUAGCUUUAAAUAUAAUUAACAGAGACAGCAUUGUUUAGGUGACCAAAAGGUGACAAAAAGAGACAUUUUUACAAUAGUAAUAACGGAUUGAUGUUCAGAUCAGCUCAUAAAUGUUGUUCUGUACGUACACUGUAUAUCUCUUGCUUUGGCAAAACACUUGUACAAAAAGGAUGUAACCAUGCUUGACAUGUUGGUGCUUAAGUCAACACACACAGAAAGCAUAAAUAGCAGCAUCUCUAUUCCAGUUUUUAAAUGUUCAUAAGGAAAAAAUGGGACAUUAAUGUUUGUCUCUCUGGUGGCUGCAUCAAAGACAACUUAAAGCAAAGAAAUAUGAAGUUAAAGGAUUGUACAUGGCCUUCCGUUUGCUGUUUAUAUUCAGGCAACAAAGUAACUUUGCAUAUAGUUUGAGGUUUAGUUGAGUUCAUUUUUAAUAUAAAAUCACAUUUUAUUCA